AUGGAAAAGCGAAGAGUCGACUUUCAGUUUGUGGAACCACUAGCACUUGUCAACCUAUCAGACAUGAAUGAUUCUCUGCUGAACGUGGGUUUGAAUGUAUCAGAAGUUCUCGUGCCUUUCGCCAACAGCUCGUCUCUGAAUCUGGACUAUCGCUCUCUCAUCACUUCUGCCACUAUGUUUGGCGUCGGGGUCCUCGGAAACCUCGUGGCGAUCGUGGUGCUUUGCAUCUCCAAAAAAGAGCAGAAGGAGACCACCUUCUACACUCUGGUGUGUGGGAUGGCUGUCACGGACCUGCUGGGCACCUGUUUCACCAGUCCGGUGGUCAUCGCCACAUACAUCGCGGGCAGGUGGCCGGGCGGAGCGCUCCUGUGCCAUUUCUUCUCCUUCUCCAUGCUGUUCUUUGGUUCGGCUGGCAUGUCUAUUCUGUGCGCAAUGUCAGUGGAGAGAUAUCUAGCCAUAAACCACGCGUACUUCUACUCGCAGCAUGUGGACCGGGCCACGGCUCGGUUCGCGCUGAUGGCGACUUACCUGGCCAAUAUCGUGCUGUGCAUCAUGCCCAGUUUUGGUUUUGGAAAGCACACGAGACACUUUCCCGGAACUUGGUGCUUCUUGGACUGGCGCGCCAUGGACUCCGUCGGCGCCUCAUACACGUUUCUGUACGGAGGUUUCAUGCUGCUGUUAAUCGCCGUUACCGCCCUGUGUAAUUUCGCCGUGUGUCGUUCACUGGUCGGGAUGAGUAAAAUGAGUCGCAUGGUGAGGGCAGAGAUAUCCGGACACACAGGCUCCAGGCGCAGAUUCAAAUUAACAUCUGCAGCGGAGAUCCAGAUGUUCUGGCUGUUAAUUUUCAUGACCAUCGUGUUCCUGAUAUGCUCCAUCCCUUUAGUGGUGCGCAUUUUCAUCAACCAGCUGUAUGAUCCGGCUUACAUAUCAUCAGGCAGAAGUCCAGACUAUCGCAGUGAUCUCCUGGCCAUUAGAUUCGCCUCCUUCAACCCUAUCCUGGAUCCAUGGGUGUAUAUUCUGUGCAGGAAAAACUUAUUAACCAAAGGCUGUAUGCGACUCAAGCGUACUAUCGGACUGAGGAAAGGGGAUCAUCGUCGUGUUUUGGGUUGGAUGGACGGUCAGCACUCACCUCAGUCAUUUGCUCAAAGCAAUUGCACAAGCUACGUGUCGUUGCGCACGGCCAUUUGUAGAAAUGACAUGGGUAAACAGACCAGCACGAACACUAAAUCUUAUAUGGACUUAACCCUUCGCCAGGCAUGGGACUUUGAUACAGCUCUGGCUGAGUUUCAUCCUUUCAGCGUCGAGCAGAACUGUGUCAUGGGGUUUGAUGAAGACGAAGGAGCAUCAAGCCCCAAACUCCUCCCCAAGACUGUUGUGGCACUACCAGCCACUCAAAUAUUAGAAAAUAAAGCUGAAAUAGUAACUUGCACUUUCAGUACACCAAGUUCAUGUGUAUCAGAAAAGUGCUUGAGACAGUGA